UAAGAAUUAAAAUAAUAAAGUAACAUAAAACGGGUUAAUAAUUAAAGGAAACGUUUCGAGCUGAAUUUUUAGAACAUUAAAAACCUAUAAAAUUUGUAGAGACAUAGUUUAUUUUAAACAUGACUGAAUUGAAAAGACGAAAUAAAAAGUCGAUAUCUAAUGAAAAAAAAGAUAACGAUUCCAUCAAUACGAAAGAAAAAUCGAAAUUAAGCAACUUACCUUUAAGAGUUCUUUCAAGAGUAGUAGUCAUAUUUUCACUACUCACAAUAGUUUAUUUUAGUUCUAAAAAUGACCAAACAAUAACAUUUGCCAGACAAACAGACAUACUGGCCGGAAAAGGUCAAAUUAUAGAUUGCUCAGAAAAAUAUCUCAAAGAAAUAAAUAAAUAUGAGGGUUGCUUUCCCAAAGAGUGUAAGAGAUUUGUGACAGAUAAAGUAAUUUCAGAGAGUGAAUCAUUGGAAUUACUGCAAAUAGCUAAGAGAGGUCUUAAAUAUGGAAGGUCUUCAGGUGGGGCCUCUAUCUUAGAUCUCCACAGUGGAGCAUUAUCCAAAGGACAACACUUUGUUAAUAUUUAUAAAAGAGAUGAUAUGAAAAAUUUAUUUACUGAAACUGACUUCAAUUUGUUUAAGGUGGUGAAAGAAAAAAUUAAAUUUGCCAUUGCUCAUCAUUUUGGUGUAUUACCUAGCAAAAUUUAUUUAACACAUCCAACAUUUUUCUCUGAAAUUAAUCCUAAAAAUGCAGUUACCAUACAUGAUGAAUAUUGGCAUCCGCAUGUUGACAAAGAGACUUAUAAAUCAUUCCAUUAUACAACUCUACUUUAUUUAAGUGAUUACAGCAAAGACUUUAAAGGUGGCAGAUUUGUGUUUGUAGAUGAGAAUCAUAAUAAAACCGUAGAGCCAAGAUUGGCACGGUUAAGUAUUUUCACAAGUGGUGCUGAAAAUCUUCAUGAUGUGGAGAAAGUCACAUCGGGCACGAGAUAUGCAAUGACAAUAUCAUUCACAUGUGAUAAGAACUACGCUAUAGAAGAUCCAAGUACCAAAAAAUAUAGUAAUUAA